AUUGCCAUCGUAACAUUUUUCCCGGCCUGGCGGGAGUCAAGACUCAAGCUUUAAAUAGCCCUUAACAACCCCAACAAGAGGGAAGCUGUCAUCUCGUUGACUCCACAACUGUCACUGCUGUCUGCUGCCGCCACUGCUGUCUGCUGUGUUCAGGCUUUGCAAUGGAAAAGACUCCGCUGAAGUUGAAACUGAAGCUGGGUAGUGGAGGCCCUUCUACCCCAGAGCAGAAAGCAGCUUCUUCAGCACACCCAACUAUCAUCUCCAACAUGGCUGAUGAUGAACAGGGACAGAUUGCAUCAGAUGAGGAGGUGGAGGAGGAGGAGUGUGCUGAGGAUGCCCAGGGGGAGGAGGAGCCAGUUGCAGAGGAGGAGGGCCGAUCACGCUCUCGUCACUCUCAUCAUGAUGAAGGAGCAAGAGAGAAGCAUAAGAAAUCUAAAAAGAAGAAGAAGAAGAAGGAGCGUGAGAAGGACAAAGAGAGGCACAAGCAUCGUCAUCAUCGGGAAAAGGCAGAGGGUGAGGAACCUACAGAUGAACCACCCAUCAAGAAGCAGCAUCUGGAGGCUAGUGCCAUAGUAACUUCACCAUCCAAGGAGUCAAGCUCUCCUCUGCCCAAGUCCAAUGAGUCGUCUUCUUCACUCAAUGAACUUCUGGACCACCUGCUGAUGUUACUGGAGAAGAAGGACCCUCAGCAGUUCUUUGCUUGGCCUGUCACAGAUGCCAUCGCCCCAGGCUACUCCUCCAUCAUCUCCCAGCCCAUGGACUUCUCUACCAUGAAGCUGAAAAUUCAAGAAAAUGGCUACACAAAUUUAAAGCAGUUUCAGUCAGAUUUCGAGCUUAUGUGCAACAACUGUAUGACCUAUAAUCAGCAAGACACAAUUUAUUAUAAGGCAGCCAAGAAGUUACUGCAUAUUGGUCAGAAGUUCAUGGUUCCUGAGAAGCUAUUGUCUCUGAGACGUGAAGUUCCCCUCAUGACUACCCUGACAAAGGAACAGCUUGGCUUUGAUAUCAACCCAGCAUUGACUUCUAGUGUAGACAUGGAUGACACCUUGGAUACAGAACCUUUAGAGUCAAUGGAUGAAGAUACUGACAGCAAGGAGCCUCAGAGUAAAUUUGAAGCAGUGCAAGAUGACAUGACCUCUGAAGAGAUUCUGGAACAAGUUCAAAAUGCUUCUUGUGAAGCGGCAGAAAAACUAACCCUCAAGAAACCAGUUAGUACACUUGGGUUCUUACGUCAGCGAGGAGACGGCACCACCACCCUCAGUUUUCACGGUUGUGAGGGUAAUGAUCCAAGCUUGAAAGAGAAGCCUGUCAGUCUUGGACUCCUCACUGGGAAGCUUACCCAAGGUUCAGCCAUGCUCCACAACUUCCGAGAUGACAAGAGAAGCAUGGCCAAACCAAAGCUCAUUUGGUGUUUGUAUGUUCUUUUAACUCAAACUGUUCUUUUCAGCAUAUGUGACUUUUCGCAAGACUGUGAUAUGGCCAUGCACUUAGUGGAUCAGCUGUUAAAUUUGUUGACGCACCAGCAACACUCACGCACAAAGAGCAUCAUUGAAGAGCGCCGCCGAAUGCAGGAAGAAGAGGAACGUAUAAAUUCCAUCCUAUGUCCUGGGUAUGUUCAUGAUGUUGGUAUAUCUUGGACAAUUUUCCAUGCUUGUCUUGCAGUGGAGAAAGUAACGGACGGCUUGACUAUGGUAGCUAAGCAAACCACCCCUGGGGCCCUAGCUCCAGUGCCCAUUGUGCGCAGGGCCAUGGGCAUCACCAUGCACCCAGUCACUUCCGAGUCCAGUGAGCAGAUUGAGGUGGAUAUAGAGGGAACCUCAUCCCAGGAGGAGGCCACUCCUCCUCCUCCUCCGCCUCCGCCUGGUAGCGAUGGCCCGGAGGCCAGCACAAAGGGCAACAACAAUGAUCUCGAGUCACAACUGCGGCACAUACUUAACCAGGCUGAUGCCACUUCUCCUCCACCCGUCAUCCACACGCCUUCCGAUAUGACUGAUAAAAAGUUAAAGGAGAUCCUUGGAAAUUGAUGUUAGGAAUACUUGUAGAUUUGUGUCUGUUAGAAUUGUAUUUGUCUAGAAUAGUGUGUAAGGAUACUGUACUGUCCAACUUUUGUGUUGGGUUUAGCACCCUUAUAAAUAUACAGUAAUGUACAACUUUUGUUUUAUGGUGUAUGUGCUAAGAUACGUGAAUCAUGAGGUGAUUCUUCAAAAAGUGUUUAUUGAGCUUUUAUAAAUUUUACAUAAAAAAAUUUUGUGGUUUUUAUCCUAGCUUUUUAAUGCAUUUUAUAACACAAAAAUAAUAAUAAAAACAUUUAGUAGGUACAGUUUCAUGAUUGUACUGCACAUAAGUGUUUCAAAAUUCUGUUCGUGUAACAAAAUUUGGACUUUUUUAACCCUUUCAGGGUCCAGACCCCCAAUCUGAAACUUGUCCACAGGGUCCAAGAAUUUAAAAAAAAAAAAUUCUUAUGAAAUAGUAGAGAAUCUUUUUCUGGAGGUGAUAAAACAAAAACUACGAAAUUUCAUGGCAAAAUUGACAAAAUUACACUUUCAACGAAUUUUGCCGAGUCAGCGAUAUUUACACAUCGGCGAUUUUGCCCACUUCAACUCCCAUUUUAAGCCAAUUACACUAUUCCAGUCGACCAAAUUCUUAGCUAUUUUGCUAGUGUUACUUAUAUUUUAUCAACUGAGGACAGGAAAUCGCCCAAUCAACUAUUUCAACUACCCAAUAAAGUGAUCGGAAAUUGGUAAUUUGGCCAAUUUCACACAAAGUUCAAAGUAUUCCAAUUUCAAAAUAGGGUCCAGAAUAAACAAUGGAUGCAUUCCUGACACUAAAAUAACAUUUCCUCUGUUUAUUAGUUAUGUUUUGAGGCUUUACAAGUGAAUUCCAUUUUUAUUUUUUAUUCACAUAAUGAAUUUUUAUUCACACCAAAAAAUAGAAGAUUUACUGCUAUGCGAUUUUGCAAUAAUUGUAUAAAUAAUAUCAGCACAUUCGUGAAUGCACAUUAGACCCACCAGCUGACGUGUAUUGGACGCAUGACGUCAUUUGUUUGCUCUUGAAUAUCGGCUAAAUUCGAACAUUUUCACUACUUUCAGCUCAGUUUCAAGCUAUUUUCAGUACUAAAACCAAUCAGAAUCAUCUUGAAUUCUGUAAUACAUAUAUCUUCCAUUUUAUCAAGCAAGACCAAGAAACCGUGAAUAUAUCCAUAAAAAAACAUACAAAAAUACACUGCAAAGUCGCUGUUUAAAUAAAAAAACACGAUCUCUUGUUUUUCUCAUGCACUGUGUGCUGCAGGAUUUGUUUUAUAUGGUGCACACUUUUCACAUAGAAGCAUUCUCUCAUAUCUAAGCCCAAAUUUACCACUCACAGCUUAUCUGAGUGAGCUGAGCUCACGGCAUAGGACUAUGGCUUGGACCCUGGCUUCAAAGCUGUAGAACUACGGGACGGACCCUCAAAGAGUUAAAUGUAUAGAAAAUGCUUAAGGACGGUGAACAUUAAGUACAGUAUGAUGUCUUCAGAAUUGCUUGCCAAAUUUGUAUCAAGCUAUGCUGUAAUUUCAACCAUUAAAAUACUCUGCUGUGAA